CUCGUACCGCAAAUGUUAUGGCAGCCCGAGGUGCUGAAUGCGCGGCUCCACAAGAAACCCCCGCGGGGAGAGGAGUCGGAAGUGUGAAUGACGUCGCGUGGGACAUGGUGAUGUGCAAAAAGUGGGAAUGCGGACGGUCAAUCCUGGGGAAAAGCUACGCUACUUGCCCGGCUUGCCGGAUGUAGUAGGCCGACGGUCGUGUGCCUUCCGAGUUUUAGCGAUGCCCGCUCGGCUUUCGACCACCAAGCCUCGUGAUGUUUUCUUGCCCAACGCCCAGCUGACAGCUCAGGGGCGAUCAAACGGCACGCUUCCUUCGGCUCCCAGGCAAACAGCCACUACUCCUAGUGCGCAUGGACAUUCCAGACUCCAGAGGUGCUUUUCGCUCUGCGCCGGAUCUGCAGAGGCUCCCCCUCCCUUGGCCAAUCCUCAUCAGCCAAAAAAGCAACCAGCCAGAAAAACCCGUUACCUCGGAAAUGACUCGCCGCAGACUCGUCGGAUCCUGAGCCGUACCCGUACCCCGCUGCGAGAAAGACCCCCAAGGACCCUGUUGGCGCGGAAAUUGCCUAGCGGUGUGGCAGCCCACCCAAGUCUAGGCUCCUUCCCAGGCCAACGGUAUCGAGCCAAGAUGUAACCCAGUCGCUCCACUUGCGCCUUGGUCUCGAGACUUGGUACGUACGCGCAGCCUGGCAGAUGCGCAAGAGCCAAAGUGGAGUGCUUUGUUCCCCAUGGAGGCCCCAGCCGCCCCACGACUAAGUCAGCCGGGGCAAAUGGCGGUACCGGCUCAGCGUCAUAGAGGCGCGUGCGGCUUUGAUCUGGCUGGCCCAAGGGACGGUCGAGCGGCUGGCGCUGUCAUCAGGCUUCCCGUCUCUCUGAUAAAUUCGCCCACCACCUCC